AUGGAGGAGGCGAGUCGCUGCCUGUGCAUGUGGUGCCGUGCUCCCCUCACAGCUAGGAUUGUAGCUGCCACGACUGCUGCCAGCAGAACCGCCAGCGCCACGCUGGCGAGGAUUAUCGCCGUUGCUGACGUGGACCGCACUGACGUGGACGGCGCUGAGCUGGCGCUUGGUGACGUGUCGGCUGCGGCGCGGAAGGUGGAGGAGAGAAAACAAAAAAAAACAAAAGGGAGGGGGUGGACGAGUGUGGUGGACGAGUGCGGUGGACGAGUGCGGUGGACGAGUGCGGUGGACGAGUGCGGUGGACGAGUGCGGUGGACGAGUGCGGUGGACGAGUGCGGUGGACGAGUGCGGUGGACGAGUGCGGUGGACGAGUGUGGUGGUUCGGAGUGUGGUGGUUCGGAGUGUGGUGGUUCGGAGUGCGGUGGUUCGGAGUGUGGUGGUUCGGAGUGUGGUGGUUCGGAGUGCGGUGGUUCGGAGUGUGGUGGUUCAGAGUGUGGUGGUUCGGAGUGUGGUGGUUCGGAGUGUGGUGGUUCGGAGUGUGGUGGUUCGGAGUGUGGUGGUUCAGAGUGUGGUGGUUUGGAAUCAGACUGUCUGUGA